UGCUGGUGCUGGUGUUGUGCUGCCUUCCCUUCCCUUCCCUUCCCGUCCCUCCCCCGGUUACAGGUGUCCGGCUGCAGGAGCGGCUCUGCCUGCGGGUCUGUGUGUGAGUGAGAGAGUGAGAGCAGCAGCGCGGCCAUGUCAGCCGAGGCAGAGAGCACCACGAAGGAGCCCGGCGCGGGCAAGGACGGUGAGGACGAGGAGCAGUGGCUGUAUGGAGAUGAAAACGACCCCAAUAAACAGGAGGAUGAACCGGCAGUUGACAGCAUGGAAGCUCCUGCUCCAACUGCUGCUAUGGAAGAAGCUAGAGGGAAUGGUGUGGUGAAAAUGAAUCCUGCAGUUGAAGGGGAGGAUGAAAGUGACAGUGAUAGUGAUGACGACGAUGAUGAUGUUCAAGUCACCAUUGGGGACAUUAAAACUGGAGCACCACAAUAUGCCUAUGGCGUAACACCUGUAAAUCUCAAUAUCAAGUCUUCCGGUAGACUUUAUGGAUCGGGGACAAAAGCUGGAAAGGGAGUUGAUCUUGAUGCACCUGGUGACAUCAAUGGAAUCCCAACAUUAGAAAUAGACUUGGAUUCUUUUGAAGAUAAACCUUGGAGAAAACCAGGUGCUGAUCUUUCUGAUUAUUUCAAUUAUGGUUUCAAUGAAGAAACCUGGAAAGCUUACUGUGAGAAACAAAAACGACUGAGAAUGGGUCUUGAACCUCUGCCUCUUGCCUCCACAACAAACAGAAUUACAGUACAACAGGGUAGAACUGGAAAUCCUGAUAAAGAACCAGAGAUACCAACCACCAAAAUGGAUUUCCCUUCUCCUCCAAACCGUUUCAGAGCAGGACCUCCACCCAACAGGUUAGAAAAUAGACAAAGAAGGCUGUCUGGGUCCAUAGAGGUUAUUGGAGGCCAAUUAAUAACCAUUGCCCGCGUGGAAGGUCGACGUCGUGAUAGAGGUGGCGCAGAUGAAAAUGCCAUCCAGGUUCUUGGAGACCAUGCAGUCCCAGAAUUUAAUAACAACAACGCUGCAAAGCGUCCUUCAUUUAUGCCUCCAGGGGCACCUCCGCCUCAUAUGACUGGUCCACCUCCCCUGUUCCUGCCCCCUCCUCCUCCUGUCAACACGGGGCCUCCACUUCUCCAUCCACCAGGAAUGCCUUUAACUGCACCACCUCCAGGUUUCCUGCCUCCACCUGGAGCUCCACCACCUUCACUUGUACCACUAGAAAGACUACAGUCGGCAUUGACAAGUGGACCUACAUCAUACAACAGCCGAACCGCUCCCCCAUUUGGUUAUCCAACCAAUGAUUAUGGAAAUCUAUCAUAUCCUAACAUCCCAGCUUCCUCCUGGAGCGCCUUAAUGGACAACAACAAUAAACAACCGGCACAACAGCAGCAGCAGCAGCAGCAGCAGCAACAGCAACAGCAUUGGGAUUAUUAUCCACGGAGAGAGAGAGAAAGGGAGCGUGAACGAGAACGCACCAGGGAGAGGGAGCGAGAUCGGGACAGGGAGCGGGAGCAUGAGCGGGAACGUGACCGAAGCCCUAGUUCAAGUGCCUAUAAUGGAUCUUGUUCCAAUCUUAGACCGCCUUCCUUACUGUCCACCGUACCAGCAAUUCUGUCUGAAGUGUCUCGACCCAAAACAUCGCCUAUUCCUUUUCUCCAGAGACGCUGUCUGUCCAGUAGUGAAGAAAAUCGUUACCGACACAGAGAAUAUUCCUCAGAUAAAGGUUAUGAUCGUGAGUACCAUCACAGAGAUAAAGUUAGCAGAGAAAAAGAAGAUAGACACAAAGAACGUAGACACCGUGACAAAGAGGAGGGGAGACACAAAUCUUCCAGAAGCAGCAGCAGACGGCGCCAUGACAGUGAAGAGGUUGAUGGUCAUAAACGACAUAAACACAAGAAAUCUAAGAGGAGUAAGGAAGACAAAGAAGCCAGUGAAGAGCGUUCCCAAGAACCUGAGCCAAGUGAAGCUGCGAGCAGUAAUUAGAUAUUUUGCUCCUUGGCUGUUGUCGUCUUUAUUGUUUAAAAAAAAAUAGGAAGGAAAAUGUUGGAAAUGCUUAAAAAUCAUUCAGGUAAUGACAAAUUUCAUCUGAAUUUCUGAAGACAUCAGAACUUCAAUAUCUUGAAAGACUAUUGAAGAGUGUGGUGCUUCUCAGCACCAUUUGUGUUGUUAAUAACUAAAUUACUAUGUUUGUAUUAGUUUAUUGAAGAUGAAUACAAUUUCUGCAUUCUUGUUUAAAAGUAAUGUUUUACUUUUGACCGUUGUUUAUUGGAAUCGUAGCUUUCCUUUAAAGGAUGUACUUUUACUCGAACAGUCAUUAAAUUUGCUAUUUGUCCUGUA